GCGCUCCCGUUGCCAUGGGCACCGCACCGGGCCCGCAGCGGGAGCCGGGGCCGCCUCUCCGCUCCCGCCGCUGCCCCGCACGGAACGGGGACAGCCCGGGACACCCUGCCCGUGCCCUCGGGAACGCCGCUCGGUAAACAAUGGAGCCAGAGGUAAAAGUGAAUGAAGAUUUCAAAAGCCAGUUCAAGGCUUAUCAGGAGCAACAGCAAAGGCGGCUGCGAAACUUGCUGGAGACCAAGAAGGAGAAGCAGGACAGGCAGAAGAGCACUGGCAGCACAAAGGAGACUGUAAGAGCCCUGAGUGAUCUAAACCUCUUUAAAAAAGGACCUCCUGUAAAGGAAGAUGCCAGCAAAAGUUUUCUCGAGGCUGAGAAUAAGCAGCUGCAGGAUCAGCUCCGAGAGAUCCGGGAUGAGAACUGCAGGCUCUACAGACUGACAGCAGAGCAAGAGUUUGAAAUAAAGGAGCUCCAGAAAAGAGUACGGGUGGAGAAGUUGGCUCUGUCAGAGGUGUCUGGUUUGACUGGAGACGUGGCUGCCACUAAAAUCGUUGAGUUGGCCAAGAAAAACCGGGAGGUGACAGCUGAGUUUGAGAGUGAGAGAGCCAAAGUGAAGCAGCUGAAUCACAGAGUCAAGGAGCUGGAGAGAGAACUACAGGCAGCUGCAGAAAAAAUCCAUUGCCUUGGUGGUGAUGCUGCAGGAAUCAAGGACUCAGCUCUGAAAAAGCUGGAAGGAGACUUGGCUGAAAAUCCAGAGGUGAAAGCACUGCAAGAAAAAUUGAACACAGCCAACUUAAAAGUGACAGAAUAUCGGAACCAGCUCCAGAAUUUGAAACAGGAGCUGAAGCUGACCCAAAAGAUUUUAGCCAAAGAAGUUGGGGAAGAUGUGAAUAUCCAAAGUCUCUUGACCAAUUCUGGCAACUGGCGUGGACGAGCUCAGCAAAUUCUCCUUCUCCAAACCAAGGUUCAUGAGCUGGAGCAUAAACUGAAUCACCAGAAGAUCAGAGCUUCACUGCUUGAGAUGGAUGAGGGAUUGCUGGCAUUUCCUGAUCCAAGGAAGUUGUCAGUCCAAGAGAAGAACUUGCUGAAGAUUCGCAGCUUGGAGAAAGAAAAGAAGGAAUCUUUGGAGAAACUCUCUGAGCAACACAACACUCUCCAAAAAAACCAUGAGGAAUUGAAAAAAAAACUUGAUGCUUCAAGAGCCAGGAACCAAAUGCUGUGUGGAGAAGUGAAGAUGCUGAAGGGACAGAUUGGAACCUUGCUGGAGAAAGGGAAACAUGAUGAUGAGCUCAUACAGGCCUUGCUGAGCCAGCAGAAGCAAAUGCAGGAGAUCUUAAAGGGCCUGAGCCAGAAGGAGAACAAGGAGUCUCAGCAGAUGAUGGGGCACCACUUGAGCCAUGAGAUUCAGAAACAAAACACCCUGAUAGAUGAGCUCAGGGGGUUGGUGGCUGACAGAGAAGAAAAGGUUAAAAUUCUGGAGAAGGAGAUUGGACAGCUCACAAAUAAGAAGAAAUCUGCCCAUCCACAGAACAAGUCAGGAGCUGCUCCUCCACUAUGCUAUGAGUACUCAGGAUCACCUGAGGGGUCAGGCAGCAGCAAGGCUGGGAGCACAGAAUGCGCAGUGUCCGCGAUGGGCCACGUGCUCGUGGAGUCAGCAGCCACAGAGCCUUUCUUCCUCAACCCACCUGGAAGGGGGGAGGAAAGCAGCGACAAAGUCACAGAAGCUGAGAAGAAGCUCCAUGAAGAGCAGUGGCAGAGUGACAGCUUGGAACAGCAGCUUGAAAAGCUGCAGGUGGAUCCAGGGAGCAGCACAACUGCCCAGGAGCUUGCCCUGAGGAGCAGAAAAGGUGAAGGGGAGCCCUCAGCCACAGCCACAUCCCCUAUGUCACCUCUGGGCUUUAUAGACAGUGACAACAUUGGGGCUCCACCUGCCAAAGCCAGCCCAGUGCCUGACCUUGCACGUGGUGAUGGGACCUGCUCAGAGCCAGCAGCAAGGCAGGAGGCAAAAUCCUGGCUCUUCUUCACUGAAGAGGGUUUUCCCACAGCUCUGAGGGGGACCAGGAGUUUUGCAGGGUGUUUCCAUGGGAUAAUUGCAGGAGAAAAAGCUUUCCCCUGCUCUGUGCUGCCCCCAGGCCCAGAGCUCCCUUUGCACUCGUGCCUGAGGGAUUCAGCUGAAGGUUAAGAGCAGAAUUAAAGGACAUAUCCCAAUUUAAGGCCUGUCAGUGCCUAUGAAAAACUAUUGCUGGUGAUGAAGUAAUUAGAUCUGGUGUAAUUUAUUAUCCCAUGAACGUGAUAAUCUCCUGCUAUAAAUAUGAAAGCCUCCCUGGCAUAGUUAAAGAAGAAGAAUUCAUGGAGGAUGUUAAAUUUUUAUUUCCCUGAUCAGAUACUUUUAUUGCUUGAGGAUUCUGAUUCUGUAAAGUGUCUAAACCAAUAAAAUGGCACAUAUUCUUAAGGAAAA